AUGAAGCAGAAAAACAGUACGAAACCCCAGGAAUUUAUCCUCGUGGGAUUUCCAGCUCUCAUGGAACUUCAGAUGCUGCUCUUUGUGAUAUUCCUGGUGGCUUACAUGCUGACUGUCUUGGAAAACAUGCUCAUAAUUAUAGUGAUAAGGAUGGACCACCAGCUUCACAAGCCCAUGUACUUCUUCCUCAGCAACCUCUCCUUCCUGGAGGCUUGGUACAUCUCAGUCACCGUUCCCAAGCUGCUCAUGAAUUUCCUCCUUGAAAGCAGGAACAUAUCUUUUGGGGGCUGUAUGACCCAGCUUUACUUCUUCAGCUCCCUUAUUUGCACCGAGUGUGUCCUCCUUGCAGCCAUGGCUUACGAUCGUUCCGUGGCCAUCUGCAACCCCCUGCGCUACGCGGCCGUCAUGAGCCGCCGGCUCUGCCUGCAGCUGGCCACGUGCUCCUGGCUCACCGGCUUCUCCAUGUCUCUGCUGAAAGUGGUUUUCAUCUCUCAGCUGUCUUUUUGUGGCUCCAAUGUCAUCAACCACUUCUUCUGCGACAUCAGCCCCUUGCUGAACAUCUCGUGUGCUGACAGGACAACAGCUGAAACGGUGGAUUUCAUCCUGGCCUUGCUCAUCCUGCUGCUUCCCCUCUCUGUCACCAUUAUAUCCUACACGUGCAUCAUCAGCACCAUCCUGCAUAUCUCCACAGCCCAGGGCAGGAAGAAAGCCUUCUUCACCUGUGUUUCUCACCUCACUGUUGUCAUUAUCUUCUUCUCAGCCAUGCUGUUCAUGUAUGCUCGGCCCAAGAGAAUCCACCCUUCUGACCUGAACAAGCUGGUGUCAGUCGUGUACACUAUUGUCACUCCCAUGCUCAACCCCUUCAUUUACUGCCUGAGGAACCAGGAGGUUAAACGGGCUUUGAAAAACAUCUUCAGUGUUAGACAGACAGUCCCCAAGGUCUCUCAAACUGACCCCAGUCUCCAGCUUCUUCACUGUCUGGAGUGA